AUGAUGGAGUGGGCCAAAAAGGUGUUCAACUACCUUGUGCAUCUGGAGUGGACAGAGAGGAUCCAGCACAACUGCACCUUCUGCGACCGCGCGAACUUUGCCAUCAUCGUCUACGAAGAUGAUGAGAUCAUCGCCGUUGAGAACCGCCAUCUGGCAGGCCAGCAGCACUGGCUCAUCUUGCCGAAGCAGCACACGGUCCGCGACAUCGAAAACCUGAAUGGCCAACAUCUGGCACUUCUGCAAGCCAUGGAUCGGGUGAAGAAGCUGCUGCUCGCGGAGAGGGCCGCGGGCAUCUCGCCGUCCGCUGUGCAGUCCGGAUACCAUCGAGGUCGGCGGCGGCUGGUGGGGAGCAUCUUUUGGCCCGAUAUUAUUUCCAUCCACCAUCUCCAUCUUCAUGUCAUUGUCCAGCCGCACCUCUGGCUGCGAAUGUUCAAGUACCCGCGCUGGUUUCCACUCAUGUGGAAAUCGGAUAUGACGGUGCUGCGAGAGGUGCAGGGAACAUUGCAUGCACUCCCUCCCGCAACUGCGAGCGGCUAA